UCUCAAACUCCUGACCUCGUCAUCUGCCUGCCUCGGCCUCCCAAAGUGCUGGGAUUACAGGUGUGAGCCACCGUGCCUGGCCCAAUGUCCCUUUUCUGAAGAGCUAGCAGCUCUCUGUCCUUUCUGGUCCCUCAGCCUGUUAGGCCAGCACGGGGGCCCAUAUUCAUGAUGAGGGCUCUUAGGUCCCCAGCUCCUAUAAAAGGUCAUGCUAUUAGAGUAGGUGACAGCCAAUUCUUGCCAGUGCUAGAAUAAGGAAGGAGACUGACCUGACUCUACUGAGAGGAAGCUGAGCCUUACGCAGUGGAUGUACAGCCCAGCCUGGGUGAGCCCUGUGGGUAACUUAGCAUUCCUCAGGCCAUCCCUUGGAAAACUCCAUCUUCACCACUUCCCCUUUAGCCUUCCAGCCUCACAAGGCAGGCUGCCCAUGGCUGCCCACCCACUGCAGCUUAGCCUGGGUGUCGCCAGUCUUCUCCUUCUGUGUAAAUGGUAUGAUUAAGCUGGAGGGCAGAGAAAGGAACCCUAAAAGAAGCCCACUUCCUCCAGGAAGCCUUCUUUGCUUUCUCAGUGGGAGUGCUUCCUUCUUUCCCUUGCCCUGUAGCACAUACCUUCCUCCUAGUUUGUUUAUCCAUGGGUCCAUCCAUCCACCCAUCCAUCCAUCCACCCAUCCAUCCAUCCACCCAUCCAUCCAUCCAACAAACAUUCAUCCAGCACUUAUUUACACUAGUGAGCAAGAACAUGGUCCCUGUGCUCCAGAGCCCACAGUCUAAUAAGGGAAAGUAUUAUUAUGUAACUAGUUUCAAGUUAACAAUUUAAUUAUAACUGUGAUAAAUGCUCUGCAAGAGACGUAUUUGAACCCACGGGGAGACAUUAGGUAGAAAAGACUUCCCUGAUGAAGGAAUGUUUCACCCAAGACCUCACUGUCUGCUAUGGUAGCCAGUAGCCACAUGUGACUAUUGAGCCCCUGAAAUGUGGCUAGUGUCACCAAGGAACUGAGGGUAGAUGAAUAAUUUUAUCAAAAUAAAAUAACUAUUCUGUGUCAGGCCCUGUUAAGGCCAGUCCAAACUAGUCUGGUUGAAAAUACCAACAAUUACGUCUAGUUCAGCAUCCACCUCCUCCCGUCACCCCAGCCCAAUGCUGCCCCCAAGUCCCUGCUGAAGGAUCUGGAAGGGAUGGAGGUAAAGCAUCCUUUUGUUCCUCCUCCUUUCCCUGAAUUGGGUCUGUCUAUCAUCUGGUGUGUUAGGGCCUGCGAGGGAAGAUGGAAAAAGAGGGACCUUUUACCCAACAAUGCUCUGUUCACUAUGCUCUGUUCAACAAUGCUCUGUUCACUAUGGCUGGACUCUGGAAGCCAGCUGCCUCCUAGGGCACAGGUGUGGAUUCCUAGGAGGAUCCUGAAUGUGUGCAUGCAUGCAUGCAUGUGCGUGUGGGUGUGCCCAUGUGUGUAUGCUGUGGGGGUACACAGUCUGCUGCACAGUCUCUCUUAUGCAUGAUCUGAUCCAGGUUCACAGCUCCCCGCUGGAGUCCAUGCUGCAGUCUCUUACUGCUAGGCCCUCUUGCCAGUGGUCAUCUCUCUUGAGUGGGAUGCUCUAAGCUCAGCUCCCUCCUUUCAGUGGGGAUCUCUCCAUGGACCUCACCCCCUUGCUACUCUGCAAGGAGGAAGCUUGAGCUGCUGCCCUGCCACCCCGUCCCUCUACCCUGCCGUCUCUUUUCAGUUCCUUUUUCUCUUGCUCAGGGAAACAUCAAGGUGGAUCAACAAAUUCACUGUUGCUUCAGGAGACACCUGGAAAAAGAGAAGCCAGCCUCCCCCUCCUGCAGGCACCCAAUAUCUAGGAGUCAUUUUAGGGUGCCUUGCUUGGCUGGGUGGUGGUGGGGGGUUGUGAGGUUAGGGGGAGUUUCUGUAACAACCUCCCCCAGGCUGACAACUCCUCUCUAUCCUCUCCCUCCACUUUAGCUGAGCGUACAGACCCCAAAGAGAUGGGAUGGCCAGGGAGCAGGCCAGGCUUGGCUGCUUUGUAAUCAUACCUGGCCCCAAAGGUUCAUUUGUUAUUACCGAGUAUCUAUUCUGUGCCCGGCACUGUGUGGCUGCUGGUUACAGCCAUGAACAAAAAUCAGUAGUCUUCAGGGCAAAUCAUUUAUUUUUCAUGAGGGAAGUGGAUAAAAACGAAUAAGUAUACAUCAGGGCUAACCACUGGAAAGCCAAGUAAUGCAGGGUAAAGAAAUGGAGAGACCAAAGGGAGAGGCUGUUUUCAUAGGGAGGUCAGGGAAACUGGUGGCUGUGUUUCAAAUUCAUGUUUCCCCCACUUGGAGCCCAGUAGACAAUUCUGGGCCACGGGUAAUCCGUGCUGCCAUUGUGCAAGCCUAGUGAAGCCGUGAGGCAAGGGUUGGGGUUCAAAGUCUAGAGUCUUUCUUGGUUGCACGUGGUUGUGUAUGUCAAGGCUCACUUCUCAACCCUCUGGACCCAUGUCUGAUCCAUUCUGCAUUCCCAGAAGCCAUGUCUGGGUCUGGGACAGGGCAGGCUUUUGAUGCUGCUUGUUCAGCAUGGAGGAACCUUCAGGAGAAGGGACAUCAAGGCUCAGCCUAUCAGAGGCCAGCUUUGUGGCUUGAAGCUUGAGGCAGAGCUCAACCACUUCCCUGUCUUGCUCAUGGGGAAUCCGAGAGGUUGGAAGCCAGUGAAAGGCUCCAGAUGCCUCGCUGGCUAGACACCACAGGCCUGAAGGUUUGGGGCUUGGAAGGCGGCCUUGGCCACAAUGACCACUUCUCUCACUGUGGCUCAAGCCUCUGCUCCAGGCAUGGCAGGGAAUGGGGUGGGGUGAGCAACUGGGAAGUAUAAGGUCUGCUCCAGGCUGUCAGAGGCUGGUCAGUGGCUCCUGGGCUCUUUCAGGGCCUUAUCCAGUGGUUGUCACCGGGAACAGACCAGGAGCACUGUGAGUCUCUCACCAUGGCUACCACACCUGGGUGGGCCCUGGGCUCCCUCCUGCCCACCCUUCUGCUGGGACUCACAGGUGAGUCCUGAUUCCUGUCCAGAGAGACCCUCAGGGCAGGCAAGGAGACCCCCAGGAAUGACCAAAUCCAGCUACCGUGUCUUCCUGAAGGGAGACUGAGGCUCAGAAGACGUGACCGAACUGUUUUCCUGCCAGUCAGGUGCUAUUUUUCAUCUUUUCUUCAAUGUAGACCUUGUGGAUAAAGGGAGUUGGUGGGAGCCAGGGGAUCAGAGGAGGAAGUGACCUAAGGGUGAGGGGCUCAGGGGAGGUCAGGAGGUAAAAGAAGAGCCCACCUCCCAGUUUUCCUGAUGUCAGCUCUAAUCUGGGUGGCUACCUGUUCUGGAUCAGAAAGGGUGUAAGGGUGGAAAAGACAGAGAGAAAGAAAGAGAGAGAUAAGUCGCCAGAGUGAUGGAGCCUCCAGCAUUGGAGGCAUGGAAGAGUCCUGGACCCAAAGUCAGACCGGCCUUCUUACCUUCCUUCCUUAGCCACUGAUAGGCUGUGUGACCUUGAGCAAGUCACGAGACCUUUCUGAGUCUCUGUUUCCUCUUCUGAAAGUGGGGACAAUAAUACCAGCCUCCCAUAGCUGGGAUGUGGAGGAAAAGAAGCAUACACAGCUGAAAGUGUUUUCUGAACCACAUGGUGCUGUGUGCAGGGUGGGUGAUAAGGGCAGAGCACAGUUCAGAAGGUUCCAGAGCUGUGUGCUAAGAGGACGAGUUCCUAUGGCCUCCUGCGCUGCCCUCUGCCUGUCAUCCUGCUUGUCAUUGGUUGUUUAUUUGCCUUUACCCCGCACCUGACCAGAUGCUUCUCAAGGGUAGGGUUUUUGUCUGACUCAGCUCUGUGGUCUCAGCACCCAACUCCUGACCUGGUGCAGAGCAGGGGCUCAGGGAAUGCUGCGAAGACUUGGGGAGGUUCCUGCUCCAGAGCUCUGCAGGGCUGUCCUUAGGAGGAGGGGUGAGUCUCAUCCUGCAGUUUUCCUGGAAAAAUUCUGGGAGACAGGUCUCAGGUUAUACCCCAGAAGCAGGAAAUAUUUUGUCAUAGUCCUAGCUGUGUGUGAGGGUAAAUGGAGCUGCUUUUCAUGGAGAGCGCUCCCUGUCACUGGAGGUAAGCAAGCAGACGACAGGGGUCUAGUGAGGUGUUGAUGGGAGGGACCUGAGUAGGAGGGCCAACCAUCCCUGUUGGGGUGAUUCUUGACUUUACAUUCAAGUCCUUAUAAACUUACAUUCACAGUGGAAAUCCUGAUUCAUCACCAUUCCCUUCCUAUCCCAACUCGGUCCUUCUCCAGUUCUUCCCAUCUCAAAGCGUAGAGCUACCACCCACACAGCUGCUCUAGAGAAAACCUGGGAAUUGUUGAUCCAUAAUUCAUUCUGUGCCUCACCCCCUAUCCUGCCCGUCACUGAGUCCUGUGGGCUGUAUCUUCCAAAUGUGUCUCGAGUCUCCUUUUCUCUCCACCCUAGUCCAGGCAACCAUCACCUCGGCCUGGAGGCCUGUACCAGCUUCCCCACUGGUCUCCCUGCUUCCAUUCCUGCCACCCUCCUUCCCAUUCUCCACACAACCCCAGUUAUCUUCUAAAAAAUGUACAUCAGACCACUUUGCCCCUCUAUCAAAGUCUUGUCUGGUUUCCCAUCACUCUCAGAAUAGAAUCAAGAUUAUCACCAUGGUCCCCAGGCUCUUCUCACUCUGGACCUCUUUGCCAUGACACUAGGGUCCUACAGACUUCUUGGUUUCUCAAGCCCACCAAACUAUUCCUGCCCGAGGUCCUUCUCUCCUGCUAUCCCUGCUGUCUGGAAUGUCCUUCCUCUGUCCCUUCCCAUGGCUGGCUCCUAUUCAUUCCUCAGUUUCAGCUUAAUGAUAUGUCACCUCCUCAAGGAAUUCUUCCCCAGCUGCCCUUCUAGAAUAAGUCCUCCCCGUAUUCUCCAUCUGUGCACUCUUUGGGUUUCCUUGAGGGCAUUGGGCUCAGUCGUAAUCACAUUUGCAUUUGCUUGUUUUCUUUUGAUCAAGUGCUGAUGUGCUGCCUAAAGAUGGAACCAGAUACAGCACAUAGUAGGUCCCCAGGGCCUGACACAGCUCUGGUGCCACUGGUGCCUGUGGGGUGUGUCCCACCCUCAGUGUGCAGUCACAGUUGCUCUUUCCUUAGCUGGACAGCCCUUCAUCUCUCUGACUGGUCCAUCUCAGAGGACAAGCCCUGGAGACUCGGUGCCUUUCAACUGUACUGCUGGUCCCUUCAACUCCAAGGACUUCUCCCGGGACUUCAGUGUUACCUGGUUGAAGGACAGUGAUGAACAUCCAGCCUCAGCUCAGCGCCUGGUGCCUGACAAUGAAGGCAAUGACUUCAUCACCAGCAAGGCAUGGGUGACACUGACCCAACAGGAUGUCUCAUCUGAGAUCACCUGUGAAGUCACCCACAGGGCCCUGUUAGAGCCCCUGAAAACAACCAUGAAUCUCUCCCAAGUGAUCCGAGUUGUCCCCACCCUGAAGAUCACCACUGAAACCUCUGGGACCCGUGUACGUGUGCAAGACAGAGUGAAUCUCACCUGCCACGUCCUCCACUUCUAUCCCGCCCACCUGCGACUCACCUGGAUGGAGAACAGGCGCAUGAUCCAGACCCUGGCGUCCCCUCAGGCCACCAGAAACCGAGAUGGGACAUACUCUCUGGAGCACACGUGGCAGGCAGAGGUCACGCUGGAGGAGCGUGAGUUUGCUUGCUGGGUUGUCCACGAUGAGCAGCCCCCGCUCAAGGCCAAUGUCACCCUGCAAGGCCAGGUGCACAGGCAGGGGAAAGGCCGGAGUGUGCAGCCUUACAAGUUGCAAGGCCCCCUUCAGCGAUCUGAGCCUGGCACAAGGAUCCGAUUGACCUACACAUCCUCAGGGUUCACAACACACCAGGUUACUGUGACCUGGCUUAAAAACAAACACGAGCUCCCAAACCCCCAGACCAGCGUCCAGUACAGUGGAUACACCUACAAUGUGACCAGCAGUGUGCUUGUCCUGCUGACGGAUGAUGAUGUAUUCUCCCACGUCAUUUGCCAUGUUGAGCACAAGUUGACGCUGUUUUUCCAGAAAACCAUUGGCCUGGACCAGUACCUCCGGGUUCCCCCUACAGUGACAGUGUUCCAGUCUUCCACCUCCUCCAGCUUGGUGGCCGUUACUUGCCUCGUGCAAAGAUUCUAUCCACAAAACGUGCACCUCACCUGGCUAGAGGAUUGCCAUACACUCAAAGGCGCUGAGCAACCCACAUUCAAGAAGAAUGAUGAUGGGUCCUACACCCUGGAAAACCUGCUGCUGGUGAAUGCAUCAGUGCAGGGGCCUGAGCGGGUGCUUACCUGCAUGGUGGAACAUGAGGGACAGCCUCCCAAACGGGCCAACCUCAUACUGUCCACAAGAGCCCACACUGCUUAUAAGCCCAUUGGGAGCACAGGUCCAGAGAUGCCUGCCCUUAUCUUUGUGGUUUUCCUCCUGGGCCUCAAGGUGCUGCUGGUGAUGAGUUUCACAGCGACCUACAUCUGCAGGAAGUGGAACCUGUGACAGCCCCUGCAUGCCCUGUGAUACAUUACUUCCAGCCUUCUCGAAGGGGUUCAAGCGGGGAGAAGCUGCAAGGACUUAUAGGUCACUAAAGACCCCUUUAUUCCGUCCCUGCCACCCCCAUCGCAGACACACUCCCUUCUGCACACCCUCCUGAUGUUCCUUCCCUCAGAGCUUUGGAGCUGAGUCAGGGACGGAUUUUCUUCAUAAGGAUUCCAGGGAUGUCUUGACCCUCAUGUACUGAGCUUCAAAUUGGCCCUGCUUCCACCCAAGAGAACUAAGCUGAUCAUUCUACCCUGGUCAUGAACAAUCCUUAAUUUUCAGAGCAGUUUUUACUUUUGUGCAGGGUUUUUGAAGAUAUGAUUUCAUUUGAACACACAUAUAUUUUGAAAUCACUGGUAAGUUGCAUAAGCAUUUUUCUCUUCUGAAA